GGAUGGGAACCCAGGGCAGCCCGGUGAAGAGCUACGAUUACCUCCUCAAGUUCCUGCUGGUGGGCGACAGCGACGUGGGGAAGGGAGAGAUCCUGGAGAGCCUGCAGGACGGGGCCUCCGAGUCCCCCUACGCCUACAGCAACGGAAUUGACUACAAGACCACUACUAUCUUGUUGGACGGCAGAAGGGUCAAGCUGGAGCUCUGGGACACAUCAGGGCAAGGAAGAUUUUGCACCAUUUUCAGAUCCUACUCUAGAGGAGCCCAGGGAAUUCUCUUGGUGUACGACAUCACUAAUCGCUGGUCCUUCGAUGGAAUAGACCGAUGGAUAAAGGAGAUAGAUGAGCAUGCCCCAGGUGUCCCUCGGAUCCUGGUGGGAAACAGGCUCCACCUUGCCUUCAAGCGGCAGGUGCCCACAGAGCAGGCCCGGGCUUAUGCGGAGAAGAACUGCAUGACGUUUUUUGAGGUCAGCCCUCUGUGCAACUUCAACGUCAUAGAGUCCUUCACGGAGUUGUCCCGUAUCGUGCUCAUGCGGCACGGCAUGGAGAAGAUCUGGAGACCCAACAGAGUGUUCAGCUUACAGGACCUGUGCUGCCGAGCCAUUGUUUCCUGCACCCCAGUCCACCUCAUUGACAAGCUGCCGUUGCCCGUCACCAUCAAGAGCCACCUGAAAUCCUUCUCGAUGGCCAACGGCAUGAAUGCGGUGAUGAUGCACGGCCGGUCAUAUUCCUUGGCCAGCAGUGGAGGUGGGAGCAGCAGCAAAGGUAACAGCUUGAAGAGAUCCAAAUCCAUUCGUCCUCCCCAGAGCCCCCCACAGAACUGCUCACGCAACAACUGCAAGAUCUCUUAG